UCAGUCUCCAGUGCUGUAGAUGGCGCUGUCGCACUCUCAGGAAACUCUCCCACUGCAGCAGAAGUAGACACAGUACACACUGCAAAUCAUGUAGCAGCGGCUUUGAUAAACUAAGUUACAGUAAGCUGGAACUUUUGGAAACUGUCAAAAUGAAUCGACCAAAGCCAACAAGGCGACCUAGUCACACCAAACCAUCAGGUCACCCACCUCCAGGUGAUUUCAUUGCUCUUGGAGCGAAGGGUCAGAGCAGUGAGCCCAAAGCAAACCCAGCUCUCCUGAAGCCAGCGUCCACCGGUUUGCCCCCAGACCGCAAGAGAGAGGCGUCUUCAUCUCUCCCCUCUACCUCCAGCCUGUCCAGUCUUUCCAAACGGCCCAAGCAUUCUUCUACUCCAUCCAGUGCCCUCUCACGCCUCGCUGAGGUGGCUGCCGUUGACAAAAGAUCAAUAUCCCCCUCCAUCAAAGAGCCAUCUGUAGUUCCUGUUGAAGUGUCACCUGCUGUGCUUCUGGAUGAGAUCGAGGCAGCGGAGGCAGAGGGUAAUGAUGACCACAUUGAGGGUGUGCUCUGCGGGGCUGUCAAACAACUGAAGAUGAACCGAGCCAAGCCUGACAUGACGCUCUACCUCAGCCUCAUGUUUCUCGCCAAAAUCAAGCCCAACGUCUUUGCCACAGAGGGUGUGAUAGAGGCUCUCUGCAGUUUGCUCCGCCGUGAUGCCUCAAUCAACUUUAAGGCCAAGGGGAACAACCUGGUGUCUGUGCUGGCCUGUAAUUUACUGAUGGCUGCCUAUGAGGAGGAUGAGAACUGGCCUGAGAUAUUUGUCAAAGUCUACAUUGAGGACUCUCUCGGUGAGCGUAUUUGGGUGGACAGCUCGCACUGUAAAACUUUUGUUGAUAACAUCCAGACUGCCUUCACAACCAAGAUGCCUCCCAAGAGUAUGCUGCUCCAGACGGAAACAGGGCGAUCAGGGGGAGACCUCAGUGCAGGGAACAGCCCUCAUCCUUCCACUCCAGAUGAGGAUGAAGGUCAGACUGAGCUUUUAAUCGCUGAGGAGAAAUUGAGUCCAGAGGAUGAUGGACAGGUCAUGCCCAGGUACGAAGAGCUGGCUGAAAGUGUGGAAGAGUAUGUCUUGGACGUUUUGAGGGACCAGCUGAACCGUCGCCAGCCCAUGGAUAACGUGUCCAGGAACCUUCUGCGCCUUCUCACGGCCACCUGUGGUUAUAAAGAGGUCCGACUGAUGGCCGUGCAGAGACUCGAGAUGUGGUUACAGAAUCCUAAGCUGACUCGGCCAGCACAGGAUCUUUUGAUGUCUUUGUUCAUGAACUGUAAUACACACGGCUCAGACGACAUGGAGUUCAUCUCAAACCUCAUCAAGAUCCGCCUCAAACCUAAAGUUCUCCUCAGCCACUACAUGCUGUGUGUCAGGGAGCUUUUGAAUGCUCACCGAGAUAAUUUGGGCACUACGGUGAAGUUUGUGAUUUUUAACGAACUGUCAAAUGCCAGAAAUCCCAAUAAUAUGCAAGUGCUCCAUACAGUUCUGCAACAUAGCCCAGAGCAGGCACCCAAGUUUCUGGCCAUGGUGUUCCAGGACCUGCUGACCAAUAAGGAUGACUACCUCCGGGCCUCACGCGCCUUGCUCAGGGAAAUCAUUAAACAGACCAAACAUGACACCAACUUCCAGUCUUUCUGUUUAGGCCUCAUGCAGGAGAGGAAAGAGGCCACUUAUGUGGACAUGGAGUUUAAAGAGCGUUUUGUCAUCCAAGUGACGGAUCUCUUGACAGUGUCCAUGAUGCUGGGGAUCACGGCUCAGGUCAAAGAGGCCGGCAUCGCCUGGGACAAAGGAGAGAAGAAGAAUCUGGAGGCGCUGAGGUCCUUUCAGAACCAGAUUGCUGCCAUCCAGAGAGAUGCUGUGUGGUGGCUGCACUCCGUGGUUCCCACCAUCAGUAAAGUGGCACCUAAAGACUAUGUGCACUGUCUACACAAAGUGCUUUUUACAGAGCAGCCUGAGACGUAUUACAAAUGGGACAACUGGCCGCCUGAGAGUGACAGAAAUUUCUUUCUUCGGCUGUGCUCAGAGGUUCCUCUGUUAGAGGACACGCUGAUACGCAUCUUGGUGAUAGGUCUGUCUCGUGAUCUGCCCCUGGGCCCAGCUGACGCCAUGGAGCUGGCCGAUCACCUGGUGAAGAGAGCUGCGUGAGUUCAGUCUGACGACUUGGAAGUGUUGCGGGUCGAGAGGAUCCAACUCAUUGAUGCUGUGCUGAACCUGUGCACUUACCAUCACCCAGAGAACAUCCAGCUGCCUGCAGGCUAUCAACCUCCAAAUCUGGCCAUAUCAACUCUUUACUGGAAGGCCUGGCUGCUGCUGCUUGUGGUCGCAGCGUUCAACCCACAGAAAAUUGGUUUGGCAGCGUGGGAUGGUUACCCCACUCUGAAAAUGCUCAUGGAGAUGGUUAUGACAAAUAACUACUCCUAUCCUCCCUGCACGGUGGCCGAUGAGGAGACCAAAACUGAGAUGAUCAACAGAGAGCUGCAGAUCUCUCAGAAGGAGAGGCAGGAGAUCCUGGCCUUUGAGAGCCACCUGGCAGCCGCCUCCACCAAGCAGACCAUAACAGAGAACAACAGCCUCCUGCUGUCCCAGCUCACCUGCCUGGACCCAAAGGGCCCCCCUCGUAGACCACCACCUCAUGUCCUGGAUCAACUAAAGAGUCUGAACCAGUCUCUGCGUCUGGGCCAUCUUCUGUGCCGCAGCCGCAACCCUGACUUCCUGCUCAAUAUUAUCCAGAGACAAGCCUCUUCUCAGUCUAUGCCGUGGCUGGCUGAUCUCGUCCAGUCCAGUGAAGGGUCCUUGGAUGUGCUGCCCGUUCAGUGCCUUUGUGAAUUCCUCCUCCACGAUGCUGCUGAUGACCGCUCCUCCGCUGCUGAUGAGGAGGAAGGAGAGAGUAAAAAGCAGCGAGCAAAGAAAAGACAGAGGCAGCAGAAACAGAGGCAGCUUCUUGGACGGCUCCAGGACCUGCUGCUGGGUCCUAAGGCUGAUGAACAGACCACAUGUGAAGUUUUGGACUACUUCCUGCGCCGCCUCAGUUCUUCUCAGGUGGCCUCUAGGGUGCUGGCCAUGAAGGGUUUGUCUCUGGUGCUGACUGAGGGAGCAUUAAAAGAUGAAGAGGAGAGGGAUCAGCUCAUGGAGGAGGACUCCAGAGAUGCAGAGUUACUGCCAGGCUACCAGUGGCUGCUUCAGGACCUCCCCAAACUACCUCUGUUUGAUAGUGUAAGAAGCUUGACGUCCAACGCCUUACAGCAGGCCAUUCACAUGGAGACUGAUCCUCAGACCAUCAGCGCAUACCUGAUUUACCUUUCCCAGCAUGCACCAGUGGAGGAGCAGUCACUCCACAAUGACCUGGCCUUGGAUGUGGCUCGUCUGAUAAUGGAGCGCUCCACUAUAAUGAACUGCCUCUUUUCCAAGCACUCCUGCAGGCCCGAGUCUGAUGCCGUUCUCUCUGCUCUUAUCUUCAUCUUCUCCACCUAUAUCUGUCAUAUGAGGAAGACAAAAGAUGGAGAGGACCUCUAUAGCUGGUCGGAGUCUCAGGAUCAAGUGUUCCUGCGUGGGACCACAGGAGAAACGGCCACCAUGCACAUCCUAGUGGUCCAUGCUGUGGUCAUCCUGCUCACACUGGGACCUCCCAAAGGGGAAAGUGAGUUUUACACACUGCUGGAUAUCUGGUUUCCUGAUAAAAAGCCCCUUCCCACUGCAUUCCUGGUUGACACAUCUGAGGAAGCCCUUCUGUUGCCUGAUUGGCUGAAGUUAAGAAUGAUCCGAUCUGAAGUCUCCCGAUUGGUCGAUGCAGCCCUGCAGGAUCUGGAGCCCCAGCAGCUGCUGUUGUUCGUCCAGUCCUUUGGGAUCCCCGUCUCCAGCAUGAGCAAACUGCUACAGUAUCUGGACCAGGCCGUGUCCCAUGAUCCUCAAACACUGGAGCAGAACAUCAUGGACAAGAACUACAUGGCUCAUCUAGUGGAGGUCCAGCAUGAGAGAGGAGCCACAGGUGGACACAUGUUUCACAGUUUACUCAGUGCUUCACUUCCUCUGCGCAGAGACAGCUCAGAGGUGAGCAGGGCUAAGGUUACUGUAGAAGCGCCCCAUGGCUCUGUGAAGAUGAGAGCAGUGAGUCAGGUGCCCGUGAUCGGCCCAGAGGAUGAUCUCGCUGGGAUUCUACUACAGCUCUUCCCUCUGAAAAUGGAUCCUCGCUGGCCUCCGCCUCCGGUCCGGCCAUUGUCAUUAGCUCUGCAGCAGACCCUGGCCCAGGAGGUGCUGCGGACACGACAGGGUCACAUCCAGCAGGGUGGUGCCGCUGGGCGUCUCCUACAAGCCUUAGCAGCCCUUCUAAACUCAGCCCAUGCUGGAGCCCUGGUCAUGGCAAUGCACCACAGCCAUACGAUCUCCUGCCCUCUACUGCGCCAACUCCAUCUUUACCAGGCACAUAAUCUACGUAACACUACUACACAUAACCUUUUCCUUGCAGGGCCACUCCACAGCCUCCUGAAAUCUCUGGCAGCUCAGUACUCUCACAAACAUCGCGUCACAUAUGUUCGUACUGGAUUUCUGCACUUGGCUGAAGCUCUGCCGUACAGACGGGACUCUGAAGUGGCAGUGAGGAGCAUUAUUGCCUCUCUGAGAGCUGGAGAAAAAUGCAACGCUGAACCUGAACUCAUACGAAAAGUGUUGCAGGGCCUCAUGGAGGUGAAGUCUCCGUAUCUAGAGGAGCUGUUGUCCCUGCUUAUGACCAUCGGUACAAAGACCGGGACCAUAGGAAACACAGCGGGACCGGUUGCCAUGGUGAUCUCUCUGCUGCUUCAGGAAACAGAGGAGCGAGGGGUGAAAAUAGAGGUGGAUUCCAAAAUUGCUGAGUCAAAGAAGCCUGGCUCGUGUUCAGGGCUGCUGGUUGACUGGCUGGAGCUGCUCGACCCUGAGGUGACCUCUGUUUGCUCAGAUCUUCAGCAGAAGCUGCUUUUUGCUCAAAACAAGCUUCAAAACAAAUGUUGUGAAAAGGAUUUAAUUGCUAAAAGUGGUGUGAGUGUGGCCCCCUCCUACAGGCCGUACCUGUUGGCCCUCCUCACACACCAGUCCAACUGGAGCACCUUACAUCAGUGCAUCAGCUCUCUGCUCAACAAACACAGAGACCAGAGACUGGACCCAACCUCAGCACUAGACUUCUUGUGGGCCUGCAGUCACAUUCCCCGCAUUUGGCAGGGGCGAGAUCAGAAAACCCCCCAGAAGCGCACGGAGCAGUUUGUGUUGAAGCUGUCUUCUGAGGAGCUCAUAAGCCUGGUGGACCUCAUCCUGUCUGAGUCAGAGCUGAGCUGCCGUGACUCAGCCACCUCCAAGAGCGCUUUGGACCAGGUCUCCUGUUCUCUUCUCCAGUCACGCUUGCCCCUCCUGCACAGCUGUCUCAACUCAGACCUGGACAAUGUCAAGAAAGUCUCUGAGUACCUCAUCAGCUGUGUUAAGAAGUGGGGAGACAGUAUAAUGAGUAAGAGGUGUCAGACGCUGCUGCUGCAGAUCUACCUGCACUUCCCAGAGGUCAUCCAACACAUCCGCCUACCAGAGGCCACCCUGAGUGCUGAGGGGGCAGCAGAUGGCAGCACCUGCAAGCUGGAUGUUCUUGUGCAUCGUCUCAUCACUCUGCUAGCUGACACCGGAGACUCCAAAUCAGCUGAGAACCUUGCGUCUGAUGCCAAUCUGGCCUGCAGGAAACUGGCCGUAUCUCACCCUGUGCUUCUACUCAGACACCUGCCCAUGAUCGCUGCGCUCCUGCACGGUCGCGUCCAUCUGAACCUGCAGGAGAUCAGGCAGCAGAACCAUCUGACCUUCUUCAGCGAUGUCCUGUUUGUCCUGGAGCUGCUGCAGCCGCUGGUUUUCCACUCUGACCACCAGAGGGCACUGCAGGACUGUUUGCUGUCCUUCAUCAAAGUACUGCAGAACUUCAAGAGAUCAUCCCGUAUGCCUAUCAUAAACAAAUUUGUGCAGUUCAUCCAAAAGUACAUAACCCAUGAUGCAGCAUCUGCUGUGCCUUUCCUUCAGAAACACUCAGAUGUGCUCCAAGGACUAUCCACUGAGAAUCCGGACCUGGUGCAGCUCAAGUCUUUGCUCGCUGGACUGACUCUGCCUGUGAAGUCUGGUUCCUCUGAGAGCGCUGCUGAGGACAGAGACGCUGAGGAUUCGUCCUCCAGCUCCCUCCCUCUGGUCAACAUCUCAGCUUCCAUGCCGCUGACUGCGGCUGACAUGACUAAAUGUCUGAAGAAGAUCUCCAAAGGAGAAGCAAUUGAGGAUGUGUUUGAGGGGUUGACUGAAGUGGAUGAGAAAUCCAAAAGAAAUCCAGAAAUCAUUCAGUAUUUUGUUAAUGAUCUUCAGAGGUUGAUGAGUUCCCCUGAAGAAGUGUGCCGCAACAUGGCGUUCACUCUGGCCCUGCGGUGCAACCAGAACAUCCCCAGUAUGGCUGCUGAAUUCCUGCCAACCUUCAUGUACUGUCUGGGCAGCGGGAACUUUGAUGUAGUGCAGACGGCCUUGAGAAACUUGCCUGAAUAUGUGUUGCUCUGUCAAGAACAUGCAGAUAUUCUUCUCCAUGAGGCGUUUUUAGUGGGCAUCUACGGUCAGAUUGACACCAGCUCCAUGAUUACAGAAUCCAUGAAGGUCUUGCGCAUGGAGGCAAAGACAUAGACAUCCGUUUCAAUCAUGUUGGUACACAGAGUUUGGCUUUGACUCAGCAGUGUCAUGCACUGUUGAUCCUAUUCAGAACUGUAUUGCAUUUGCAUUUGACGUUUACAUUUCUAGACGUUAUUCUUCAAAUACUGAAAAGCAUUUUAUGUUUCCAGUGAUUCUUGUGUCUGCUGGGAGUGAAGCCUGUCAUACAUCUUUUUGUCUACUGCUUUGAAUAAUAAAACAAUGAGUUGUAGAAAUGCUC